AGAAUGUUUUUAAAUGGCAGCCCAGUGACCCAGGCUGGCUCGGCAGACUUGUUUGGUUUAGCCAACCGUGUUUUAAAUGCUUGAUGCAACAUUUUUAAGUUGGGAGAGUUCACAUAAAAAUGCAGAUUUGGGGGGCUCUCUUGGAAUAGAUGUGGCAAUACUGGACCUGCCUUUCCCACACAGCACUUAACUGCCUGAAGCUGUGACAGCUGCCUGCUUUAGAUGCACCACGUUCCACCCAGUCUGCCACCCCCCACCCACCCCCCCACUGCCAGCAGGUGCAGAUGUGGGCACCUGUAGCCCGGAUGACAGGGCCUGGGAUCUGGCUGGCUCCUGAAGGAACCUGUGACCUCAAAAUACAUGAACACCCACCCGAGGGCGAUGCUCAUCCCAUCGUUUAUUCUGAUUUUUAGCAGCUUGGUGAGAUGAGAAUUGUCUCCAUCUUCUAAGAGGAUGCAAGGAGGUGUCCCAUGAACCCCUAGGAUCUCAGCAGGAAUUCAAACCCAAGUCGGCCUGCCUGGAAGCCUGGGCUUUUGUUCUUAGCCAGACUGUCUCCACUGCCACUGACUGCCAAGCUCUCCUUGUGUCUGAAGGACGUUGUGACUUCCUUGUUACGUCACCCACUCAGUCACAGUUGGGCUGAGAGCAGAGUGUGGCCCGGCCCCCCAGGUCCCCAGGGCAGCCCUGCCAGCCCGGCACAGGCAGGCCCGGCUUAGCCACACGCGCACCAUGAAGUACCCGCUGGUGCCACUGGUGGACGACCUCACGUUUUCUUUCCUGGUGUUCUGGCUCUGCCUGCCCGUGGGCUUGCUGUUGGUCUUGCUGAUCGUCUGGCUACGCUUCUUACUUAGCCAAGAUUCAGAGGAAGACGACUCAGAUUUAUGCUAGUGGGAGCCCUGGAGCAAAGGCCCAGCCCAGUUUUGCUGGGAGGGGACACUGUAUAGCCAAGAGGAGGAGGAGCCCUGCUGGUGAGCCUUUUCAGCCAGGUGAGACCUUUCUGGGGGCAGGUAGGGGGAGCCUCAGGUCCUACCCAAAGCCUAGGGCAGCUGCUGUGUUGGAGGUCUGUUUCCUCCACCACACUGGAGAGCUGAUUUUCUCCUCCAUGUUGGGGAACCCUCUGCGUCAUUCUCUUGGAGACCUGUUUUUGCCAUGUUGGAGGACCAGCCUCUUCUGCCAUGAAGAGUUCCUUUACAAAGAUCCCCUGCCCUUUACCUGCGUGACCUCACCCCCCACCACCCUCCUUAGGGUCUUUGCACUGGCUAUUCCCUCUGCCUGGAACUCUAUCCCCCACAUCCACUUGGUGCACUCCCUCAUCUCUGAGGUUGAGCUCAAAUGUCCCCCUUACUCCACUCUAGAUUGUCUUCUGUGAUAGCACUUAUCACCUUCUGACCUGCUCAAUAAUUGAUGCAUCCAAAUCCAGAGCACUCCCGGCCACGCCUGACACACAAUGGGGGAUCACUAGAUACUUGUAGAAGGAAUGACACGACAGUGAUGAUGAUGAUGAUGGCUGAUACUCAGCAGAUGCCUUCAUAGCUACCAGGGCCUUUGCCAAGCAUUUCCCUUUCACAAGCUCAUUAAUGAAAUCCUAUGAGGAGGAUAUUAUUCUUGCCUCCAUUUUGCAAAUGACCCUAAUCGGCAGUGGAGUUGAGCGAUUUGCCUGAAGUACCAGGGCUCUGGCACCUGAAAGCCCGGAAAGGUCUCAUCCAUUCCAGUGCAGUUCAAUGCCAUCCCUGUGCCAACGACGCCGACGCUCUCAUCUUCCUUCUCAGCUCUAUUAGCUGCUUGACACAUUUUCCUGGCUAGAAUGGGAGUCUUGAUUCCCUUGGCUACCCAACAAAGCAAAACACAGCAUCCACUCUUCUUCCAGCUCCUCUCCAUCUUCAUGAACAGCCAGCGCCUCCAUGGAUUGGUCUCAUUCCUUGAGCCGUAAAUGCAGGGGCCAGCUUUUACACCUUCUUUUCUUUUCAGCCCAUAUCCAGUCCACCAGUAUGUCCUAGACUCUGUCUCUCACACAUCCACUUCUCUCCGUUCCCACAGUCACGUGGCCUACCCUAUUCCCAAGUCAGCUGAUGCAACCUGUCACUAAUCCACAACGUAGGUCACAAUGUGGAGCCCCUGGCUGUCUGAGUAGAGAACGGAGGUGGGGUGAGAAGCAGCGACCCUCGCUUAACCUCGAUUACGCCGAUUCUUAGCUUUUGUGGGUCAUGACCUUGACAGUUGAGCGUGCUUUCCCUGGAAACACACACACACACACACACACACAUGUGCAUGCACUCGAGUUUUGUGUUCAGGGCCAGCUUCACGGGUGGUAACCUGUGUAGUCCCAUGAAGUCCCAUGUUCAGAAGAGCCUCAUGCUUGGUUUAAUGUUCUGCUGUUACUUGUCUUAAAAUUCUUAACUUUUGAAUGAGGGUCCCCACAGGUUCAUUUUUUAGUGGGCCCACAAAUAAUGUAGCCUGACCUCUUUGUGUAUAAUUAGUGGGGUAAGAAAAGGAGAUUUUUUGGGGGGAGGGGACUCUGCUCAAGAAUUCAUUUAUAUAGAGUCCACCCCACUGGGUAUCUGUUGUUCUCUCUCACUCUUUCGUUCCAUUGUCACCCCUAGAGCCAACCUUCCAUGUUUCUCCAGCCUGGUUUUCCUGGAGUCAGCAGGGCGGUGGCAGUGGCCAAGGUGGAUGGGAGAGACCCACUGGGCAGGGAAGAAGACUGCCAAGGGAGGCUCUUCCCUGGGAUCCCCGACUCAUCUCCUCCAUCAGUGGACACACAAAAGCCUCCAAAGGACCCUGCUCUUCGCCCACUACAGACGACCUCCCAGGGUCCCCGGGGAGGAGCCCGAGUCCAUGAAGACGGUAUAAGCAG